AUGGAUAGACACAUACACGAAGACAUAGAAAAAAGACAACUAACAUGGUUUGGACAUGUGAAGAGAAUGAACGUUGACAGAUGGCCCAGAAAGAUAUUAGAAUGGACGCCUUUAGAAAGAAGAAAGAGGGGACGGCCCAGAAGGAGUUGGCGGGAUGACAUCAAUCAGGCGAUGGCCGCGAGAAACUUAGAUGAAGACGAGGUUUUUGAUAAAAGGAUGGAAAUUGGACGGAGAGACGGCAAUAGCUUCGAAAAAAGUCCUGCGAUAGACAAAAUACCAAGACAUGAAAAGAUAAUUCUGUUAGGGGAUUUAAACGCAAGAAUUGGAAACGAGGUAGUGGAUGGAAUAAAACAAAAAUAUAACGAGAAUAUAACUAAUAGAAAUGGCGAAAUUUUGACCGAAUUCUGUGGACAGAACGAACUGAGAAUAAACAAGACAUAUUUUCCCCAUAAAGAACAACACAAAUACACCUUCUAUGACAAUAGAAACAAUAAAUCAAUAAUCGAUUAUGUCAUCACCAAUCGAAGUUUCUUACCUCAACAAAUAAUAGACAUAAGAAUCUUAUCCUCAGCCAACAUUGGAACAGAUCACAAACUUGUGCUAGGAAAGAUACGAAUAGGUGCGCCGCUAUCCAAAAAAAGACCAUCGAUAAAAACUGAAAAAUUCAAUAUAGAAUCCCUCAACCACGAAAGCACUCAACAACUUUAUUCAAACAGAUGCCAAACACAUGUCACUCUUAACUCCAUAGUACAGUUUGAUACUCCUAACACAGCUUGGAACAAACUGAAAGAAAACAUCUGCAAAGGUGCUAAAGAAGCUUUAGGAACACGUACUGUAUCACACAAUAGAAGACCGAACAUUAAACCUUGGUUUACAUUAGAAGUCAAGAACAUUACAAGGGAAAAUAAGGAAAAAUACUUACAAUACAAGAAAUCUCCAACACCGGAGAGCCGAAAUAUCUAUACCGAAAUAAGGAGCAGGACUAAUAAUAGAGUACGAGAAAUUAAAGAAGAAUAUUGGCAGCGAUUUAGUAGUGAAAUGGAGUCGGAUGGAGCACAAAAACGUAUUUGGAAGAUGUUGAGGGGUUUGAAACAAGAAACAAAUGAAACAAUGCAACUAAGAACAAUUGCAGAAGAUACGUGGGAAAAAUAUUUCAGAGACUUAUACGCAGAAACUGAUGAACCAAUGGAAGCACAAGAGACAAGCCAAAGAGAUAAUACAGAAGAUCAUGCGCAAAUCACUUACAAGCAAACCUUCUCAGAAUCCGCUCCAGAAUUUGAUUUAAAUAGAGAGCCAGAAGAGACUGUAGCUUUGUUCGAGUUCUUGUUAUUACUGAUUCUACACCGUCCUAUAGGAUGCGAAGAAAAGGUCAAGGGAAGAAUAGUGGGAUCAGUGCCUCACAUGCGAAUCCUGGGUGCACUCUGUGUCGGAUAUGACACCGGAACCGUAGAUGUGUGCGACUACUGUAAAUAUUCUGGGUAA